AUGGAGGUCAGGGGGCUGGGGCAGCUCCUGGCGGCGCUGGCCGCGGCGUUCUUCGUCCGCGCCAUCGCGGGACCCGGCCCCGCCCUCCUUCCGCCGGCGGAGGACGACGCGGAGGCCGGCGAGGGAGGUGGCGGUGGCGUGCCGCCCGUGACCAUCCGGUGGGCCCGCAUCACCUGCGCGUUGAAGAACAAGCGCGGGGAAGUGGCAAGGUUUCUGCUGUCAAAUGUGUCAGGGGAGGCGAAACCGGGGAGGCUGUUAGCACUCAUGGGACCAUCGGGCUCUGGCAAAACAACUCUGCUCAAUGUGCUAGCACGGCAGCUCACGGCAUCGUCUUCCUUGCACCUUUCCGGGUUUCUGUAUGUCAACGGUCAGACUAUCUCGAAGGGCGGAUAUAAGAUUGCUUUUGUGAGGCAGGAAGACCUGUUCUUCUCACAGCUUACGGUGCGGGAGACGCUGUCACUUGCUGCUGAGCUCCAGCUUCCUGACUUGUGGGCUCCUGAGAGGAAGGAGAGAUAUGUCAAUGAUCUUUUGUUUCGUCUGGGGUUGGUCAAUUGUGCUGAUUCUAUUGUUGGUGAUGCAAAAGUUCGUGGAAUAAGUGGGGGUGAGAAGAAGCGCCUCUCGCUUGCAUGUGAAUUGAUUGCUAGCCCUUCAGUGAUCUUUGCGGACGAACCAACAACAGGCCUUGAUGCCUUCCAAGCUGAGAAGGUCAUGGAGACUCUUCGUCAACUUGCUGAGGAUGGGCACACUGUUAUCUGUUCGAUACACCAGCCAAGAGGUUCAGUCUAUGGCAAAUUUGAUGACAUCGUACUACUGUCAGAUGGAGAAAUUGUAUACAUGGGGCCUGCAAAAGAAGAACCUCUAACAUACUUCGCAUCAUUAGGGUAUCAGUGUCCAGAUCAUAUGAACCCUGCUGAGUUCUUGGCUGAUCUCAUUUCCACUGAUUAUGGCUCAACUGAAAGUGUACACUCAUCACAGAAAAGGAUUGAGAACCUCAUUGAGGCGUUUUCUAACAAAGCUCUGCUCACUGAAGGUAACAGUUUAAUUACAACUCCAAACAAUCCUGAAUUGUCUGUCAAACUUGUUCGGAAGACUACAAUGAAGCAAAGGCAUGGUUGGUGGAGGCAAUUUCGUUUGCUUUUUAAGCGGGCAUGGAUGCAGGCUUUUCGUGAUGGACCAACAAACAAAGUGAGAGCACGAAUGUCUGUUGCUUCAGCAGUUAUAUUUGGAUCUGUGUUCUGGCGAAUGGGAAAAUCUCAAACAUCCAUACAAGACAGGAUGGGACUACUUCAGGUGGCUGCCAUAAACACAGCAAUGGCUGCACUGACAAAGACUGUGGGAGUUUUCCCAAAAGAACGGACUAUAGUUGACAGAGAACGAGCAAAAGGUUCCUAUGCACUUGGACCAUAUCUUUCAUCUAAGUUGUUGGUCGAGAUUCCCAUUGGAGCAGCAUUUCCAUUGAUAUUUGGAUCAAUUCUCUAUCCAAUGGCUAAACUUCAUCCAACAUUUUCUAGAUUUGCCAAAUUCUGUGGUAUUGUGACUGUUGAGUCAUUUGCUGCAUCAGCGAUGGGUCUCACUGUUGGAGCAAUGGCUCCUACAACUGAAGCUGCAAUGGCUCUUGGGCCAUCCCUUAUGACAGUGUUUAUUGUAUUUGGAGGAUACUAUGUUAACCCUGACAAUACUCCAGUCAUAUUUCGUUGGAUCCCAAGAAUAUCUCUCAUUAGAUGGGCCUUUCAAGGGCUUUGCAUUAACGAGUUCAAGGGUCUGCAAUUUGAGCAACAACAUUCAUAUGACAUUCAAACGGGUGAACAGGCCUUGGAAAGGUUUUCAUUGGGAGGAAUUCGAAUCGCAGACACGCUAGUUGCACAGGGUAGGAUUCUGAUGUUCUGGUACUGGUCAACCUACCUUCUUCUGAAGAAAAACAGACCAAAGUAUCAGCCGCUCCUGCCUCCAUUGGAAGAAGAUCAAAAUAAGCAGCAGGUGGAAUAA